AUGCCCGACAACGAUCCCUCCGACAACGUCUUCGUUCGCUUUAAGCAAAAGGUCGAUGGUCAUAUCGCCUUGGCUUUCCGCAGUGUCUUUGGCAUCCCGACUUCAGUCACUCAGAAUUUCAACAACGGCCGCUGGGCCGAGCCCCCUAGACCCCAAGAAGAUGAACGCACGCCGAGCGACGACGGCAACAGCAACGGCAACGACAAUGGCAAUGGCAACAGCAAUGCCAGCGGCAACCCCCAGCCUCGUUCGCCAUCCUCCCAAUUCCCCCAGCCAACCGUGUUUGAGCUGUUCUCGGCCAUGUCGCCCAUGCAGGCCCUCUUCAGAGCUGAAGAGUUCACUGAGUCGCUUUACCAGGCCAUGUGGAUUUCAUUUCUCAUUGAAUCCCCAUACUCGCCCCUGGCCCUCCGCGACAUGCCGCAGCCCAGACCGAGGGAUCUCCCGACGGACGCUGACCCAACUUUGUUUGGCUUCGAGGACGCUUUUGAGGAUUUGCUCAUGGUGACCAGUGGACAAGGCCUGCCCGACAUCCACGAAAGACACCGGGUGAAGAAGGAGUGGAGGGAGCAAUUCCCCAGGGGACUUCCUCCCAUUCUAUGGCUUCACCAGCUGACUCGCCAGGGUCUGUGGGAUGGGUGGGCACCUAGACCUGACGUCCUCGAGGGAGCUAUCAGCGAGAGGUGGCAGCGCUGGCUGCAGGAACAGGAUGAUCCUUUCCGUGACUCUCGCUCACUCCCGGCCGCGAGCCAGACCCCUUCAAAGGAACUUGAGCCAAAGGAAGCUGAGAAAACCAUGGUGCGGGGUGUGACGGAUGGCGCGGGGCGCGAGACACGGAACCGGCUCGGGGAGGAACAGUACAACAGGGAAACGGAAGAAGACUCUUACUUUUCGGUCAUGGGAAAGGCUCGGUUCAGCGGGUCGAGGCAGACAGGGACGGGCAAGAGCAGCUCAACGACUAGAGACCUUUCACCACAAGGCCUCCCAUCGGGUUGGAAGGUGGUGGAGGAGACUCAGGAACGCGACAACGGAAACGGAAACAUCAGCAUCAAAAAGACAGUAACGACGUUCAACGAAAAGGGUGAAGAGGUUGGCAGGCAGACCGAGAGGCGGUCCGACUACACCUGGUCGGCGAACUUCUCGACGGGAGGCGGCAAUAAGCAGGAUCAACGACAACAGAAUGAUACCGAUGACAAGAGUAGUUGGUUUUGGAAAUGA